UUCUCAUCCAGGUAUUCUCUCAAUUGCCACGAGACAUCCUUCAACAUGUGUCGUAGACUUAUCACGCAUUACAUGCACCACGACGUGCAGGUACCAAUGAUCUUAGAUUCUAUCUCGCCAGGCGCCCCCGUAUACGCCAACCCGUCACGCACUCAAUUCCACCGAUGCGAACUCGAUCUGCAGCCAAUGGAUUUGAGCGCUCAUAUCUUUUUUCCUUAUUCCAAACCGAUGGGGAAGUGUGAGUAUCACACCUGCUGCGUACCCUAUAUGUACGUAGAAUAUUGCGCCGACUUCGUGGAGGAAAAUAUGGAAUACCAUACUGAACCCGAGGAGUGCGGAGCAUUUAUCCUAGAGCAUCAACAUGAGCGCCUGCCAUGUCUCGGAGAUGAGUAUUCGAAUCAAGGGGAAAUCCCAACGACAUGGCGACAGCUAAGGAGAAUCAGAGGGAUUAAUGAGAGCAAAUGGCUACCUGAAUUUGCGCAUGAACCACAUUUCCGGCCAAACUGGGAGGAUAAGUUCUUUGCCGAGUGCGAGAAAUUGUAUACGCUUGAGAAAGACACCUCAAUUAUGUACGCUGCCAUGCUGGAUCUAAUACAGUCAAAUCCGCCUUGUCCCUGGAGUACGGAACAAGCAGCGAAGGGACACGUACUGAAAGCUGAAGGGGAGCUUUAUAAACAACGGCAGUUGGUGUUCGAUUUAUUCAAAUGGGGUACUGAGCCGUGCGGCUCAUGUCAAAGGACUGAAGAAUCUGAUGGCUAA